AUGUCUGCCUGUCGCGCACCCGCUCAAACAUUCGUCAUAGCUGCACUCGCUAUCCUCGUCCUCCUCUUCCCAAAUGACCCCUCGGUGCUUCUCUCCUUGGCCCCGCUCGCCGCGCAAGCAGCCAGCAGCAAGCCAUGGAUGGGAGUAAACCUCGGCGUGGGGCUCUCCUCGAACCCCGUGUCGCUCACGCGGGCCGUUUCCAUCAUCAAGCAGCGCGGCUUCAGUGCCGUCAAGCUCUUCCAGCCGGAUCCGACGGCGCUCAAUGCGCUGGCUGGAUCGGGCCUGGAAGUGAUGACGUGCGUGCCCAACCAGCUGCUCCAUAAUUUUGCCAAGAGCGACUCGGCGGCUCUCGCGUGGUUGGACGCGAAUAUAAAGCCGUAUAUGUCGAAGACUAAUAUACUCGCUAUUGCGGUGGGGAACGAGGUGGUUUCCCCUGGCAACCCAUUCCUCCGUUCAGUUGUAACCGCUAUGGAGUCACUCUACAAGGCGCUCUCGGCUCGCAAGCUUCACCGCAGAGUGAAGCUGGUCACGCCGCAGCACAUGAGCUUCCUGCAGGACACGUACCCGCCGUCGAGCGCGCAAGUGAUGUCGAGCGUGAGAAGCGAGGUCACCAGCCUGCUAUCCUUCCUCAACCGAACAGCUCCACUGGAUCUCAUUUUCUCGCUCGCAUCCCUGCCUGUCCCUCUGUGCUGCCCUCUCCCAACCCACCCCACCCUUCGUCUCUCAGGCUCGUACGCCGUGCUGAACGCGUACCCUUUCUUCUCGUACCUUGCCGACCCGGCCAACAUCCCGCGUGAUUUCGUGUUCUUCAAGGGCGGCGCGGGGAGCUACGACGACAAGGGGCGGCGGUACAGCAACAUGAUGGAGGCGUCCAUUGACGCUGCGCUCUGGUCCUUCGAGAAGCUCGGAUUCCCCAACAUGCCCUUCAUCGGGUGGCCAACAGCAGGAGCAGCCAUCGCGUCACCCGCAGCAGCCAAGGAGUGGAACACGGCGCUGGUAUCGUUCCUGCUGUCUGGCCGCGGCACCCCCAAGCGGCGCAACUCGCCCAUCCGCGCGUACCUGUUUGAAAUGUUUGACGAGGACCGCAAGGACACGGCCAUGGGCAAGUUUGAGACCUCGUGGGGGCUCUGCACCAUGCAGGGCGACCCCAAGUACUCUCUCAACGUGCUGGGUGGUGGCGGUAAUGGCAGCAGUGGUGGUAGCAGCAAGAGUGGUGGUGGUGGCGGUGGCAGUUCUUCUGGAAGUGGUGGGAGCAGCAGUGGUGGUAAUGGUGGCACUUCCCCCAGAUGGUGCAUUCCGAAAUCCUCUGCAACGAAACAAGCACUUAGUAAUGCGGUUGCGUGGGCUUGCUCUAGUGGCGGAGGUGGCAUGAACUGCGGGACCAUCAUGGCCAAGUGCCCCGAAUCCAGCAAGGCUACUGUCGUUUUCAAUGAGUGGUACCAGCGGGAGCGCCAGCACCCUGCUGCAUGCGACUUUGCUGGUGCUGCGAUGACCAGCACUAAGGAUCCUUCCCCAUCCUCUCAGUGCAAGCUAAGAGGCCAACCCUGA